GCCCGCCCCCGCGCGCCCUGCGCCUCCAGCCCUCGCUCCCCGCCUUCCAGGCUGCCAGGCCUUUCGCGAACAUGGCGCUUGUCCCGUGCCAGGUGCUGCGGGUGGCGAUCCUGCUGUCCUACUGCUCUAUCCUGUGUAACUACAAGGCCAUCGAAAUGCCCUCGCAUCAGACCUACGGCGGGAGCUGGAAAUUCCUGACGUUCAUUGAUCUGGUCAUCCAGGCUGUCUUUUUUGGCAUUUGCGUGCUGACUGAUCUUUCCAGUCUCCUGACUAGAGGAAGUGGGAACCAAGAACAAGAAAGGCAGCUCAAGAAGCUCAUCUCGCUCCGGGACUGGAUGUUAGCUGUCCUGGCCUUUCCUGUUGGGGUUUUCGUGGUAGCGGUCUUCUGGAUCAUUUAUGCCUAUGACAGAGAGAUGAUUUACCCGAAGUUGCUUGAUAAUUUUAUCCCAGGGUGGCUGAAUCACGGAAUGCUAUAGCAACUAGAUUCCACCACUUUCGGCUUUUACUCAGACCUACGGUCUGAUCAGCUUGGUUGAAGUUUGGCACUCGGCAGCAUGCUCAAUUGAAGACAUAUGUGCAAACUCACUUACCACAUUUUUUAACCUGAUUUUCACACUGGGUAGAUAUUAAUAUUUGCGUAAAAAUAUGAACAGCAACCUUCUGCAAGGAUAGGAGGCCAUUAAAAGAUGUUGUGACCUUCUCUUCUGUAACAUUUCAAAUCUGAAAGUUUUCUUGGCAUGCUUUUCAAAAGCCCAUCUGACUUUGAAGCAGGCUGCCUCACCACAGAAGGCUCCCUCCAGCAAUGACUAAUGGGUUGACCUGGUGCCAUGGGAGUGAUGUUCCACGCAUGCUGGUCUGCAUAAGACAAGCAUUUGGAAAUGACCUUGAAAGGGAGUUUUGCCAAGUUCAUGAAAUAUGGGCCUUCAAGGAGUUGCCAUUUCACAAGCGAUUUCCAGAAGGGUAUCCACAGCAUUGUCGAAACUUGGCUCCUUAAUUUGGUGUUGCUUUACCAAGAGUGUUUAACACACACAAAGAAUGAUGCUCCCUCUUGGUUUUAUGAGUUGCACUUUGUAACAAGUUGGAAAAAUCAGGUAAUGGUGAAAAUUGGCAUCCCAGUGUUGUUUCUCUUAGGUGUUUUUGUUUCAAACAUUCGCUGGAGGAAAGGAGGAUGCUCAAAGAGUCCAAAUGUAAAUAAGGACAUGGGAGUUUAAAAUGAAGGGUAAGC